CCGUUUCAAUAAUGAACUGCAUUCAAUAGAUAAAGAAUACGUUUAUGAAUUUUUACUUUUAUAGUGUUACUUCUGACGUAAAAUUAAGAAUAAGAUCAAAAUGGGAAAUACAAAGUCGUAUCAAGACAAGAUAAAUGUUGGAGAAGACGACGAAAUGACAAUAUUUGGAUACAGAAAAUCACUCACAAAGACAAUUUUUUUAUAUGUGUGUUUAAUUCUCUCUGGUGGAACAUUAAUUUUGCUUCUAACAUGGAAACCUAGCAUAUAUUUAAAGUUGACACAUUCAAAUUGUCCUUUGAAAAAAGCUGAUAAAGUGUUAUUAAAGACUAUCCAUAAUGAAGAGUAUGUUGAAACUGUUAUUAAACCUAAAGACUCUAAUUUGUUACCAAAUCAAGAUAAUUAUUUUUAUAAUAAAAAAAUAAAAUACAUUUGGAAAAGUGAUGUUUCUCAGUUUUAUAGAAUUAGUGGACUUACAAAUACUUUACCUGGUUCAAGUGGACUUAGUUGCAAUAGAUUUUAUGAAAUGGCAAAAGGAUUACAUGAUGAUGAUGCUUUAUAUCGUCUUCAGCUAUUCGGGUAUAAUUCUAUCUUUGUUGAAGUGAAACCAAUUUACAAGCUUAUUUUGAAUGAGAUUAGAGGUCCAUUUUAUGUCUAUCAAAUGUUUAUUGUAAUAAUAUGGAUGAUUCAAUUAUAUUAUCAGUUUGCUGUCUGCAUUGUUUUACUCUCAGUUAUUUCUGUCAGUGCUACUGUGUGGGAAACAAGAAAGCAAAGUAAAGCAUUAAGAGAUGCAGUUCAAUCUCAGUCAAUAAUUACAGUGUUGAGAGAUGGAAAAGAAGUAUGUAAAUCAUCACAUGAAUUAGUUCCAGGAGAUGUUGUUAUUCUUCCAAAGAAUUCCAUAACAAUGGAAUGUGAUGCUAUUCUCAUAAGUGGAAAUUGUGUUGUUAAUGAAAGUAUGCUGACAGGUGAAAGUAUACCAAUUACAAAAAUACCUAUCUCUAAUGACCCAUCCCAAAUUUAUUCACCCCUUAUUCAUAAAAGAAAUACUUUAUUUUGUGGAACAGAGAUUUUGCAUAGUAGACCAUGUGCUGAUCAAUCUGUUAAAGCAGUUGUUUAUCGAACAGGUUUUAAUACAUCAAAAGGAGAACUUGUAAGGGCAAUACUUUUCCCAAAAUCUGUUGAUUUUAAACUAUAUAGAGAUUUAUUUAAAAGUAUGUUGGCUCUUCUUAUUCUAGUCUGGAAAUGGAGGACCUAA